AUGAAUCUUGAAUACAGCGUCGUCUUUAAGACCUUUGAUUUGAGAUUUUAUCUCGCCAUUGGUCCGCCAGUGGCGAGGAAGAUGGAGAAUACUGGUGAAAUAGUGGUCGGCGGACAUGAAAACGCGGUUUCUGAGGUCUUCUACCGAUGUACCGCUCGAAAUCUCCCACAAGAUAAUCCGCAUUGGCUGCGGGAUUCACACUUUGGGAACCCAUUUGGAGGCGGAGUUUUUCUCUGUGAAGUGGGGAGAGAAGAAGAGGAGGAGGACGAUGACGACGAGAACGACGAGGAGGAGGAUGAGGAUGAAGAUUAG